AUGCUCUCCCAGCGCAUUUUGACCCGGCGCCUGCCCCAGCUGGCUGCCCGUUCGAUCGUCCCCCGCGCCACUUUCUCCCAAGGCCGGACUCUCGCGGCUGCUGAAGCUGAAGAUCCUCUGCAGAAUGGCGGCUACCAGAACCCUCCCCGUGUGAAGCGUGCCUUCAGAGACCCCUAUGGCGACUGGUGGGAUAAGCAGGAGAGACGUAACUUCGGCGAACCAGUUCACGAAGAGAACGAAAUUCUGGGCGUUUUCAGUCCCGAGCAAUAUACCCACGUCACGGCUCGCAAAGGUCUCUUCCAGCUCGGCGCUUUCGUUGUGACCUUCCUCGGCCUCUGCGGUGUUGUCAGCCUUUACUAUCCGGACAAGCCUAGUGCUCCUAAGACAUACCCUGAUGGUCUGGAGAAGGAGCUCGGUGGAGCGCAUGCUGUUCCGGUAAGUUGGAUCCCUAGCUACAUGGCUCUUGUACACUGGCUUAUGCAUUACUAA